AUGAGACUAUCAAAUAACCUUCUCGAAGCUGUGCGUGGUUUGUCCUUGAUGGACAAACUAUUGCCUUUGCUAAUAAUCCUAUCCAUGAUAUUGGGGAUUCUAUUAUCAGUGUACGUACCUUCAACGAGACAUGCCUUUGAAGGCACAGAAAUAGUUGGUGUGUCACUUCCCUUAGCUUUCGGUCUCAUAGUUAUGAUUAUACCCCCUCUUUGUAAAGUGGAAUGGGAGAAUUUCUUCAAGUUUUUCCGUCUGGAUAAAUACUUGAAGCCAAUAUUAUGGUCUUUAGUGAUUAACUGGAUAAUUUGUCCCUUUUUGAUGUUUGGACUUGCUUGGUUAACAUUAUUUGAUCAAGAAGAAUAUAGGAGAGGGAUAAUUAUGAUUGGUUUAGCUAGGUGUAUUGCUAUGGUUUUGAUUUGGAAUGAAAUUUCUGAUGGUGAUAGUACUUUAUGUGCUGUAAUCGUAUUAGUUAACAGUUUAUUGCAGAUUGUUUUAUAUGCUCCUUAUCAAAUUUUUUUCUGUUAUACCAUAACGGGAUCGAGUCCCAAUGAUAUUGACGCCAAUGUAUCCUACGAGUUGGUUGCAAGAAGUGUAGCGUUUUUUCUAGGAAUACCUUUAUUGAUUGGUGUAGUUGUUAGAUUUUUGGGAAAAUUUACAAUGGGUGCAAAAUACGAAACCAAAGUUCUACCAAUUGUUGGGCCCUGGGCUUUGAUAGGUUUAUUAUAUACUAUAAUAGUGAUUUUCAUCGAGAAGGGGAAUGAUUUCAUCAAGGAUAUUGGAUCAGCAUUGCGUUGUUUUAUUCCUUUAGUGAUUUAUUUUUUGAUUACUUGGUUUGGGACAUUUUAUUUCAUGAGAUGGAAACUAGGUAGAAAAACAGUAACUUCUGAAACUACUGAAUUAUUAUGUGGAUGUGAAUUACAGAAAGAAAAAAAUGUCAAUAAAGACAAAUGGGAAGCAUAUUGUUCAGCAAAAUAUAGUGAAGUAAUAACUCAAACUUUCACUGCAUCAUCUAAUAAUUUUGAACUCAGUCUUGCCAUUUCAAUUUCUUUAUAUGGAUCAGGGAGUAAAGAAUCAAUUGCUGCAACUUUUGGACCUUUACUUGAAGUACCAAUCUUAUUAGGAUUAUGUUUUGUGGCUAGGUAUUUAAAAUUCAAGUAUCUUUGGAUAGAUGUAGAUAUGGAGGAAGAUAUAGAUUUGGGAGAGGAAACAAAUUGA